UUGUGAAUGGUUCAGUCAUACCGCGAAGAAGAACAAACCUUCUCUGUUAAGCUUCUUCUGAGCUUGUUGGGUCUCUCUCUCUCUCUCCAAUCUCGUUUCUUAUAAUUUUCUUUGCUCUUUCAAUUUACUUCGAUCUUUACAGAAAAGGAAAAAAUCGAUGGGUCAAAGUCUUGAUUCAAUGAGGCAACCGCAACAACAACAACCACAACGCUCCAAAGCAGAGUUGCUUUAUGAUUUGGUCCUUGCCACUGGCAAUGUCGACGCCAUUAAGGUUCUCUUUCAAGAGGGUGCUAGCCUUGAGUGGAUUGAUAGAGAUGGAAAAAAUCCUCUCAUUGUGGCGUGUAUGAAUCCCAAUUUGAUUGAUACUGCAAAAACCUUGAUUGAGUUGGGGGCAAAUAUUAAUGCUUACCGUCCUGGUCGUCAUGCUGGUACUCCUUUACAUCACGCUGCAAAAAAGGGCCUGGAAAGGACUGUUGCAUUACUUCUCUCCCAUGGAGCAAAUGCUUUAGUGCGAAAUGAUGAUUGUCAAACCCCACUUGAUGUUGCUAGACUAAAUGGCCAUACCGAAGUUGUUCGGACACUUGAGAAUCAUAUAUGCUAUUUCUCCGGAUGGGUUCGGGAGAUUUAUGGUCCAGGUUUCCUUGGAGCACUAGCUCCACAUCUGUUAUCAAGAAAAAUUUGGGCUGUAGUCAUUCCUCUUGGCCCCAAUAAUCCUGCAAAGCCUCUAAAGUUGGAGCUUGUUGUAUAUUCUACUUUAAAGGAUGCCCAGCCUUCCAUGGUCAUUUCUCUCUGGAAGUCCCGAAUCGAGAAACCCAAUCUGAAUCAAUCAGAUCCAACACUCACUAUAUCUGAUGGUUCUAUAAAAUCUCGGCUUAAACUUGCAUCGGCUAUUCAGGGUGAUAAGCAACAAAUUCAGUCAUUAUAUGCCGCUUGUCAAGGAACUUCUCAGGUUAUGUACUCCUCAGCUAAUCAUAGGACCGAAAAUUCAGUAGCAGCUGCAGAAUUGGCAACAUCAUCAUCUGGGGUUACACCACUGACUUCUAAUUCUCACGAGACGCCUGAAGAGUCCAACACAAAUGGUUGGGGAACGUCAGCGAGCAAUGACAGUUACAAUGAUUGGGAUCCAGUUGUUGGAACCCGACCUUCAAAGAUAAACACCGGUGGAUGGAUGGAUGAACAACCGAAAGAUGACUUCAACGGUUGGAGUGUGGACGAUUCUAGACCACCUGGGAAUCGAACGAAACAUGCUCGAACUAAUGAGGAAAGUACCUCAACUGGUGACAUUAAUCAAAGCGUUUAUGCAUCAGUUCCAUCAGCACCGUCUGCUCCUCCAAUUCCCGAGGAGCAUCUUUUCGAAGGGCCAAUCCAUUAUCCGUCAAUAGAUGUCGCCACAGAUGCUUUUGCUCAACCUUUAGACAAUGAAGCUUAUUCAUCGAAAGAGAGAAAAGAUGGAGGCGAUUCUUCUUCCUCGUGCGUGAUAUGUUGGGAAUCUCCCAUUGAAGGUGCGUGCAUUCCUUGCGGUCAUAUGGCUGGUUGUAUGUCUUGUUUGACUGAAAUCAAAUCGAAAAAAGGUGUUUGUCCAGUAUGCCGAUCCGUUAUGGAUCAGGUAGUGAAAAUCUAUGCUGUUUGAUGAUUAAAAUUUUAUAUUACAAUCUCAUAUUUACAUAAACAUUUUGAUUCUAUGAGAAGUUUGGUUGUAUAGAGCAUCAAUAGCAAUAGAAUUUCAGGGUUUAUUUAA